ACAACGUAAGUUAGAAUUUUGUAACAUGUUGUUGUGGUGUGGUUAAAAAAAGCGAUGGAAGGUAUAUAGUAAAUUUUACUGAUUAAGAAUUAUCAAGAAAUAAUAGAAAUUGGAGGGAUUAGUUUCAGGGAGUAAUAGCCAAUAUCUAGUUGUGGGAGGUAUAUAAGACCAAGGUUUGGUAGACAGCUCUUUAAAAGGUAAAUACUAGAACUGAGCAUCAUACUGCUAUGGCAUCUAGCAAUAAGAGUAAAUAAAACAGGCAUGGGUCGGAACGCCACCUGGACUGAAUAGGGUUGAAACGGAGGAUAGACUUAUACGUAUACUUCAUACGCACAGAUUUUGUAAGGAAAUUUUGGGUAAUUGGGGAUUUUGGUCUAAACCAUUGAGUUUGGUCCACACCAAUAUUAAUAUAUUUAAUCGUAACUAAAAAAGAAUAUUAUUUAUUAGAUUGUUUAUGUAGAAUAUUGUACAAAUAUGGAACGCCCUACGAUAUCUCAUGUAUAUGAAGCUAUUGAUGCUUUAUAUCAUUCACCAGAAAUACAUGGAAAGGAACCUGCUGGGAAAUGGCUUGAUCAAUUUCAACAAUCUGUAUAUGCAUGGGAGAUAGCUGAUCACCUUUUACGUGAAAAUCGUGAUAACGAAUCUACGUAUUUUGCUGCCCAGUCUAUGAAAUCAAAGAUUCAAUACCAUUUUGCUGAACUACCUAUUCAAAAUCAUUUGUCACUGCGUGAUUCUUUAUUGGAUCACCUGUAUCAAUAUUCACUUGCAUCACAUGCAACGUUAACUCAGCUUUGCUUGGCCUUGGCAGAUCUGGCUAUACAGUGCCCACAAUGGAAGACACCAGUUAAUGACUUGGUUCAGAAAUUUUCAACAAAACUUGAACAUUUUUCAAUCCUUCUGGAAAUUUUAAUGAUCAUGCCAGAGGAGUUGGAAAAUGAUGCAUUACACAUUGGUGCAAAUAGAAGAAAUGAAGUGUAUGAAUUAUUCCGUCAUUCAUCGUCUGUGGUUUUUGAUCUUAUGCUGAGAUGUCAUGAAAUAUUCCCUACUGAUGAUAAAACACAAUGCAAGUUGUAUCAAUGUUUUGGAAGUUGGCUGACAAUCGGAUCAUUUCCUCCAAAAGAAGUUGCAGAAAGUAAAUUACUCAAGCUAGCAUUUGAAACUUUACUGAGUCCGCACAUUAAUGACAACCUACAUGAAGCUAUAACAGAUUGUUUAUGUAAUGCUUUAUAUACUGCUACUGAUAUUGACAAACAACUACCUUUAGCAGAAGCUUGCUUUAACUUUGUAUCAACAACACUUCCUGCAGCUUUUCAUGUAGCGAUAAAAAAUGAUGAUUUGGACAAGUCGAUGAAUUAUGCUAGAAUAUUUACAGAAAUGGCAGAAGCUUUUCUAGAAGCCAUUUUAACAACCCCAGGACAGGGUCCUGGAAAUUUACAGACAUUAGAUUUAGUUUUGAGCUGUGUGGAACAUCCAAACUAUGAGGUAGCAGAGAUAUGUUUUAACUUCUGGUAUCGCUUUGCAGAGCAUCUCAGCUCAAGUACCGAGCUAAAUGAUCGACAAAUAUUCAAACCCUACAUACAAAAGUUAAUUGCCCAUUUAUGCCGACUUUGUCAAUUUGAAACAAAUCACGAAGGUGUUCCUGGUAAAGGAGACGAGUUCCAAGAAUUCCGUUUGCGCGUGCUUGAUGUUAUUCACGAUGUUGUUUACAUACCAGGCUCUUCAGAUUCAUUUGCACAAAUGGCACAAAGUUUGCAAGAAGUUAAGCAAGAUUGGAAUAAAUUGGAAGCCAAACUAUUUACAUCAAAUCCAAUGACAAAAUUCUUGUCCAGACAUGAUGAAGCACCUGCAUUUGUCUUACAACUAGUAUUAAAUCUUCCACCAAAUAUUCAUAUAAUGGUAAGACACACAUGUGUUGUCUUAGUUGGUGACAUAUCACAUUGGAUUGUAGACCAUGACCAGUUUAUCAGUCCUGUCUUUCAAUAUAUACUCAACGCUUUGCAAAAUAAAGAUCUUGCACAAAUGGCUGCUUAUGCACUCUCAAAGUUUUGCAGAAGUUGUUGCCGGAAGAUGAAUAAUACAUUCUCUGUGCUAUUGGAGGUUUCAAAGGCCGUAGAGUCACUUAAUAUUGAUAAUGAUGGAGUAAUUGGCAUUCUUACAGGCUGCGCAAUGGUAUUAUCACACAUGCCACCAGAUGUUGUCACAGAUGGUUUAAUGCACUUGUGUACUCCUCAUGUUCAACCUUUAUAUGAAAUAGUAAAAUCAACAGCAACAUCAGAUCCAGUUUUAUAUCUUGACAGACUAGCUUGCAUAUUCAGAAAUAUUCACAUUAACGUUACCAACCGUGAACAUCCGUGUAAAAAAGUUAUAGAACAGUUAUGGGAUUUGUUUAAAAUGAUUGUGGAAAAAUUUAAAAGAGAUGACAGAAUUAUGGAAAGACAUUUUAGGUGCAUACGUUUUGGUAUUAGGUGCAUUGGUCAAGAUUUCAUGCACCUACUGCAACCUUUAGUUGAACUUAUGGUCAAUUUGUAUAAUGAGCAGCCACACUCAUGCUUACUUUAUAUUGGCAGUGUUAUUGUUGAUGAAUAUGGAGAUAAUAAAGCUGUUGAGAAACCGUUAAUACAAAUGUUUAAGAGUUUUGUCAACCCAACGUUUACACUGCUUUCACAAGACAAAGGAUUAUUUAAUCAUCCUGACACUGUAGAUGAUUUCUUCAGAAUGUGUAUAAGAUUUCUUCAGCGAUGUACUUUAUCUUUUUUAAAAAAUGAAAGUAUUGACUCAGUUAUUCAACUUUCCAUUGCUGGUAUUACAUUGGAUCACAGAGAAGCUAACCAAUCUAUUAUGAAGUUCUUCGUGGAACUUAUUAAGUGCACCUAUAUUGACCAGAAUCGAGCAGAGUAUAAUGAAGUUCGAGAAAGAGUAUCUUUGGUUGAAAAAUUGCUCGAGAAAUAUGGACAGAAUAUUGUACAAGGCAUCGUCAGUGCAUGUGCUGGUGGUAUACAAGGCUACAUGCUUCCAGAUACUGCAGAUGUAUUAUGGGAAAUGAUUCAAUUCUGUCAAAGACCAACUUGCAUGUGGUUUAAAAAUGCUUUAUCAACAUUGCCUUCCCAUAAUGCCACUGGCUCGAUAAAUGCUACACCUGAACAAAUUCAAGCGUUUUAUACCACUGUGACAAGUGCUACUUCAAUAAAAGUACUUUGGAAAGAAUUUAGAGAUUUUUCCAAAUAUUUCAAGUAAAAAUUUCUGUGGGAGAUUGAAAUGAAAAUAAAACCAAUGACGUAUUGUUAAACAUCAAGUAGGCAUGAACGGAUGCGUUCAAGAGGAAAUAUUUUUGGCGCAAGGAGUUCAACCAUGGUUCAGCAUGGAUAGAUACCAGAAAGACAUUAUUUGUUUAAAUCUUCGUUUUUGCAUCCUCCCUGAGUGUUUUUCAAAAAACAGACACCACUUUCAACACACUGCUUGUCGUUUUAAUUAUGUUCCUUUAAAAACAGAAAAUUUACAAUUUUACUUUUUUUUUAGUAUUUAUUAACCUCUUUUAUACUAUGAUGUAACAUCUUGUAGUUUAUCUUUUCUGCUUCUGUUUUUACUUUGACUGGCCCAAUGUUUAAAGAAAACAAGGAAAUACAAAAGCAGCCCUAAUAAAGUUUAUGUACAGAAUUAUUUUGCUCUUUUUCCAGCUCUACUCAAUCGUAUUGUGGUUGUAGUCUCGAGAUUAAGUUUUUACCUAGCUUAUCUCAUUUGAUUAUAGUCUUUAGAUUGUUUACAACUAACUUAUAUCACAUUUUUAUGUUCUGGUGUCAAGUUUGUACAAGAUUUUAAUCAGUUUUAUUAUUUUUUCGUACGACCUAGAAAGAAGAUUUUUAGAAAUAUAUUUCUUUUUACACA